AUGAGGCGUGGAGAUGAGUUGGCCAUCAGUCUCUUGACCAACAAGGACUUCAGAUGUUCAGUCUGCACAGGUGUACUGAAAGACCCAGUGUCCAUCCCCUGUGGACACAGUUACUGCAAGCAGUGCAUCACCUCAUACUGGGAACAGCCUAGCCAAGCAGGCCACUACGCCUGUCCCGAGUGUCCACGCACAUACAGCUCCCACCCGGCACUCUACUCAAACUCAGCCUUGGCACUGGUGGUCCACAAGCUAGAGCACUUCAGUCCUGUCCUGCCUGCCCAAAGCUACGCUGGUCCUGGAGAUGUGGAGUGUGAUUUCUGCACCGGGCGGAAACUGAAGGCUGUUAAAACCUGUUUGACCUGCACUGCCUCCUUCUGCGGCACCCAUGUGAAAGAGCACUACACUAUUCCGGCACUGCAGAGACACACAUUAGUGGAAGCUGUUGAAACCAUGGAGGAGAAAAUGGUCCACACUGAAUUGAAGGAACCUCACAGGAGUGACUCUGAUGAGUCACCAAGUUCCUCAAGGAAGAGACGUGGUCAAGAGGAGGACCCAGUGCUACGUGUCAUGACUUCCAUGCAACAGGAGAUGCGUCAACUCAAAAGACAGAUGUCUGACUUGCAAGAUACGAUUUCUACAUCUGACUGUAAAGUCAGAAAGGAAGAGAAAAAUAUCAGGGAGCAGCAACAGGAGCUAGCGCAGCAACUGCAGGAGGCACGGGGGCAGCAGCAGGAGUGGGUGCGGCAGCCAUUGCAAGAGGCAAAGCCGCAGAAAUUUCAGCAGCUGCAAGAGGCAAAGCAGCAGGAGGCGAAGGAGAUGCUGACACAGCCAGGUAGAUGUCACCCUGAUAUGCUCUUGGCAUGCCGCACCUCCGCCGGUGCCUAUAUUGCUAGCUGCAGGGUCAUCAGCUGGGGACCACCUCUCAUUGAUGUUUCGCCCCUUAUCCCAGAACAUCUCCUGGUGGCGGGGCAGUGA